AUGGAAGGACAACACAAGACAACAGCUCCCCCUCCCAGUGGUAUACCACGGCCAGCAAGCGGAAUUCCUCGAUUGACUUCAAGGCUGCCACUACCCUCGGCCACUGCCUCCAAAUCCAUCAAGCCUUCCCCCUCCCGAGAUAGACUACGAGCCGACCCCGGUUUAGACGAAAGACGGCUACGAAGACCUUCAUAUGACACACUUGUGAAGAAACAGGCCACACGCUAUUCAUCCCCGCCCAAAGCUCGAACAGAAACGAUUCCAGCUCCACAAAUACAAGAUGAAACGCAAGGCGGGGCAGAUGAGAUUCAAACUCCGGAGGAAAUGACCCCGAUCACCGGCGAUGAUGAUACUGCAUCAAUCGCAUCAACACAGGAAGACCGUGGUCGGCGUGAAGUACGUCCAUCUCUGUCUGAGCGGACACUUGAGACGCUAUCACAAAUCCCACCUUCCCCGGCAUCAGUAAGAAGACAGUCCAGCUUUUUCAAUGGCGCCAGCCCAAUACGCUCGCCAUCUCGGGCUCCGUCCAAUGUGUCCAGCUACUCAAGAUCGCCAUCUCGAGCUUCAUCAGGUGCGCCAAGCACCAGCGAGCUGUAUACCCAGCCUGUUUCACAACUACGACUUCCCUCGAAGCCUCGCAUGUCUAUUGCUUCUCUGUCCCCAGCGCAUGGCUCGGAAGAAGUUAAAAGCCCAUCAAGGCUGAAGGCGCCAUCGAGUAGACAAAACCUCGCACCUGGAGAUGAGGCCAAUUCCGAUGUAAAGUCACCACUUAAAAAGAAGUUAUCCCAAAGAUCCAUUGGGAACAAGGAUACUACAAAGCCCUCACUCGUCCGGCCUUCACCCAGCAAGAUUACCACAAAGCUUACUCAAACCAAUAUGGGCCCUUCACAAAAACCACUUCAAGUGAGGAAAACACGAAAACCCCACUCAGAGCAACCGGCUUCUAUGCGAUCUCCCUCCACGGGGUCAAGAUAUGUGUCUGCUGCCUCCAACGUUCAGGAUGAGCUAUCCCCUGAGCAGCAAGCAGAAUCUGAAGCGAGAAAAGCCUCGAAAUCGUCAAGUACGUUGCGUGAAACCAUUGCAAAGGCGAAGGCUGCACGUAAAGCAAUGGCAGCUGGAGAAAAGAAGGAAGAACUACAAGCAGAGAAAUCACAGGCUCCUCCACUUGCCGAUUCAUGGGGAGGUGCUGAUGAUGAGGACCCGUUCAAUCAGCUGCCCAAGGGCGACAACCGAUUGGCCAUAACAAAACGAGUUCAGACAGGACGCUCUACCGGCCAACUGAACAUCGCGGCAAUGUCUUUGACAGAAAUUCCAAGGGAAGUGCUGACAAUGUACGACUACGAUCCAGAAAGCGCCGCAAACUGGUUCGAAAAUGUUGAUCUCGUCAAAUUCAUCGCUGCGGACAAUGAACUAGAACAUAUUUCAGAUGAUGUCUUCCCAGACAUCAACCCUGAAGACUUCGACCCAGACAGUGACGACCGGGGACUUCAAUUCGGUGGACUUGAGACAUUGGAUCUUCAUGGCAAUAUACUAAAGUCACUUCCGAUGGGUCUCCGCCGCAUGAAAAAUCUACGCACUCUCAACCUAUCGAACAACAUGUUGGACAUGGAUAAUAUUCAGAUUCUCACCGAGUUACCGUCUCUGACAGAUUUAAAAUUGGCAAAUAACAAGCUCGAGGGACAAUUGGCGACAGUCUUUGGUGGUCUUCACCAAUUGGAUUCUUUAGACCUCCGCGGAAACAAUCUCACCAACCUCUCCGAGGCACUGGUUGGGCUAAGUUCAUUGAGGACAUUGGAUGUCAGCGAGAAUAAGUUGACCUCUUUGCCAUUUGAGUUGCUAAGUAAACUUCCCCUGAAGACCAUCAAUGCGCAAAAGAACAAGUUGGAAGGUACCCUGGUCCCAGCCUCAGUGGACCGUUUCGAGACCUUGCAGUCCCUGAACAUUGCCAACAAUGUUGUCGUGGUCUUCGCGGCGAGUGACACGCUUGAUCUGCCUAAUUUACAUACUCUGUUGAUUGGUGUCAACCGCAUCACGCAUCUCCCCUGCAUAUCUACAUGGCAGUCGCUGUUAACGCUCUCUGCGGAGGAGAACAAAAUUUCAGAGCUUCCACAAGGAUUUGCGGAGCUCAAAAAUAUCAAGAAGGCUGACUUCACUGGAAAUGAUCUCUCGCGUUUGGAUGAGAAGAUGGGUUACAUGGACAGCCUCACAUCCUUCCGCGUCGCCAACAAUCCCUUCCGUGAGCGGAGAUUCCUUACCAUGGACACUGAAGACAUCAAACGUGACAUGCGAAGCCGCUGUGAGCCCGACCCUCAGGACACAGACGACGAAGGCUCAGUAGCCACUCAGUUCACUCUGGCGCCGGAAAUCCCUGCACUGGAUGUUAAUUGGCAGCUCAAGUCCGGCGGUACUCUUGACCGGUCUUAUUCCGAGAUGACAGACCUCAAGGUGGAUCAGCUAGAGAUGCUUCCUUCCCAGGAUAUUCGCUGCCUCUACUUGCAACACAACGAGAUACCCUGCUUCCCAACACCGGCACUUGCAAUGCUUGCUGAGGGUAUCGUUGAGCUUGAUCUCUCGAACAAUCCCUUCGGGACCGACUUUUUGUCUUCUCCGCUUGAGCUGCCUAAGCUGCAGUCUUUGAACUUGAAUGCGACCAGAUUGACGUCGCUGGAACUUUUGUUGGCCAACCUGAUCGCUCCAUCUCUGACGUUCUUGGACAUUUCUCAUAAUCGUCUGAAGGGACCUUUGCCUCAAAUCCGACAGACUUACCCCGAGCUAAAGACUUUCAUUGCCUCUGAUAACCAGUUCGAUUCCUUAACUUUUGAGGCGGUGCAAGGGCUGCAGGUUUUGGAUGUUAGCAACAACGACAUUGAUUCGCUUCCUCCAAAGAUCGGCCUGCUGGGUGCUGAGCGCUCUCCUAAGAACUGGGGUAAGGGAUCCGCCUUACGACGCUUCGAGGUAGCCGGCAACAAGUUCCGAGUGCCUAGGUGGCAGGUGGUGGCCAAGGGCACAGAUUCAGUCUUGGAAUUUUUGCGAGACCGCGUUCCACUGAGUGAGCUCCCCGAAUGGGAAAAAGACGAAGCCAACGAAGAGGAGCUCUAG